GCCACAUCGUUAUCUGCCCGGAGGAUCCCCGUCUGAGCGGAGCACCGCGCACCGGCGUGUGUCUGUGUAGCGGUCAGUAACAGCCCUGAGAUGAACGGACCGUCUUUCCGUCGGACGCAGACACCGACGGAAGAGGAUCGUCCCGGGACGCGUGUUACCGCUGCGUGUCCGCGUGCAGGCCGGUGGAUUAUCGGUUCCUCCCUCCUCAUGAUGAGCCCGGCGGCGCGCGGUGCGGUUCGCGUGUCCGUGACAGCAGAGUGAUGGUGCAGAGGCGCGUGCGGUGGUGUUGGAAAAUGCGAAACGGUGGUUUGGUGACAUUUUACUUCUAAACCCAACAUCUGACUGAAGGGACAUAACAUGAGCGGUGUGCGCCAUAUUCCCAGUGCACCUGCUCCUAAAACAAAUGGUCCUGAGCUGAAGGAAACCUUCAAUUAUAGUCACAUUAUCUAUUGAUCCGCUUUCAUUGCCUGGUUUUCUGUCCUGCCAAGAACCACAAGUGCAACCAUCCUCUACAAGCCAAGACUGCUCUUUCUUCUACCUCAUCUCACUUUAUUUAAUGUGGUGUCCUUAAGAGCAUCACACUGUUUCUUUUAUUGUGAAAUCUGAUGCAGCUGGACAUUUUUUGCUUCUUAUUUCUAAAGGAUCAGAUUCAUUAUAAGGAUCCAGGUAUUCUUACACCCUCACGUUAGAGUCAGUAGUAGAUUCAGCCACUCCUUGAUAAUUACAAGCUUGGGGGGAAUGCUUGAUGUCAGGAUGAAGGAGGCGUGUCGCAUCUGUGGACGGGAGCUCUGCGGUAACCAGAGGCGAUGGAUCUUCCACCCGACUGCCAAGCUCAACCUGCAGGUGCUGCUGUCUCACGCUCUGGGCCAGGAGCUGACCCGAGACGGCAGGGGGGAGUUUGCCUGCUCAAAGUGCAUCUUCAUGCUGGACCGCAUGUACCGCUUCGACACGGUCAUCGCCCGGGUGGAGGCCCUGUCCAUCGAAAGGUUGCAGCGGCUCCUGCAGGAGAAACACCGGCUGAGGCAGUGUAUCGGCGGGCUCUACCGGAAAACCAACUCAGAGGAGGGAGCUGUGACAGUAACUGGACCGAAUGAAGGACGAGGAGAUGGGAUGGUGGAUAUUUCUGGUCUUACCCAUGCUAAGUACUGCGCCCUGCUCCAGGACGAUCUGGUCUACUCUUUGUAUGAGUCGUGGGCAGAAGAUGGCCUGGACUGCCAGCAUCACCACCACCCUCAGUGUCCUGCUGGUCCAGGGUCAGAGGUCACAGGCUCUCAGCGCUGUGCACCCAGCACUCCCAGGAGGUGUCUGGGAUGUUCCCAUUGGAGGGUGGCUGACUCUGACUAUGAAGCUGUCUGUAAGGUGCCCAGAAAGGUGGCACGGAGCAUCUCUUGCGGACCGUCAACCAGGUAUUCAGCCAGCAUUAUUGGAGGGAGCGUGACUGGAGGAGGUGGUGAAGGAGAGAGAAAAACUGUGGAUGAUUCAGAAGAACCCCCCUCCUCUUUAACUCUGGUCCCUGGAUCUCAGGACCCAUCGAGGACAUCCGACAGCGAUCGCACGCUGGCCGGACGAGCUAGCUCCAGCCCCUCUGUCGCAUCCUUGGAGACAGCAGAGGAAUACAUGCGGCCUGGAGCAGUAACAGAUGGACCACUGAGCUCCCCCCAGGAAGCCAUAGAAGACCGGAUAUCUGACUCCAUGUCUGAGGAGCACAUGGGAACUUCACACGGCCAAGCGUCACCUGGACCCAGCCUCUCUCUGGCCCUCUGUUUGCUCCAAAGCUACGCUGUCUACAGACCCGUCCGGAGCAACAAGGGGAGCAAGCUGCCAGUCUUGCACCGACAGAGCCCCCGUAACGGAGGCUCGAGGCUGGCCUUCCCUGAUCCCGUUCUGGGACUGUCUUAUGGUACCCCAUACGUCGAAAGAGACAACCACAUGCCAACACCUGAGCUCGAGACCCCUCUGAUCAGGUUGGAUGUUGAGGUGGACCAUGACCUGAACAUGGCUGACAUGGAGGAUUAUUUGGAAGAUUUGUACAAAGAGUAUCCUCCCCCACCUCCCCACCAGAGCCUCGUCGAAGAGCAGCAGAGUCAACUGAACCAGUAUGAGUGUGCGGCUGGUCAGUGUGUCAGCGAGCUACAGAAGGCCCAGCUUCAGGUGCAAUCUUUGCAGGCCAAAAUCCAUGAGAGCGAGGCCAACAAUAUGAAGCUGCAGGAGAAGCUGAAUGAGAUGGAGUGUGAGCUGCGUUCACUCCGCGAGGCUGCUCAGAGCCAGGAGAGAACCAUUCAGGGCCUCACUGAGUCCAUUAGCACCAAAGACAGUGAGGCCCAGGAGCUGUACCAGCUGAUUGAAGGGCAGAACACCACACUAUGUAAGCUGCAAGAACUGGCCCAUCGCAACCAGCUUUCUCAAUGCAAGCCUCCAGUGGGAGUGAGUGAGUCCUUGUCGCUGGCCCAGCUGCAAGGCGAGCUGGUGGCAGUGCAGAGCUCCCUGUUCUCCCUCGGCCUGGAGCUGGAGUCCAGCCAGAGGAGCCAGAGACAGAGCCAGAGACAAGGAGACGACCUGUUGAGGUUUAAAGACAGACUCAACUCUGAUCUGCAGGAGGCGCUACAGCACAGGGAGGUCACCGAAAAACACAACCAGGACCUGCGCUGCACCCUGCAGAAAAUGCGCUCUGAGCUUCAGGCUAAAGAAGCAGCUCUGAAGGAGAGCGAGGCUGAGAAACACACUGUGGUGCAGGGAAAAGACAGCAGCAUCGCACAGCUCAAGCGCUCUCUGCAGGACAAGGAGCAACAGUUACAGGAGUACUCAGACAUGUUGGAGUCAGCAGGAAGCUCCAAACCAAGAGAUGCCCUGCUGGAAAAACUAAGGGAGCGAAUUAAAGACCGAGACAGAGCUCUGGAGCGCUCCAUCGAUGAAAAGUUCCACUGUCUGGAGGAACGUGAGGGGCAGGUGAGGACGCUGCAGCUGGCCCUUAGGGAAAAGGAGCGAGACCUGGAGAGACUCCGCUGCAUUCUGUCCAACAAUGAGGAGACCAUCACGAGCCUGGAUGGUUUGGGGCGAAGCAAAGAGCUGGAGCUGGAGCAAGCAGCAGAGGCCUACAGGAACCUCCAGUGGCUGAAACAGCAGGUUGAAGAGAAGGAGAGAAGCACUCUGAGAGAGAAAGACGGCAUCAUUAACCAGCUACAGGCAGCUCUGCAGACACGCAGUCAGGAGACACAGGAUCUGACAGCCGCCCUUGUUGCCAGAGUUCAGGCCAGUCCCUCUGAGGUUGUAGAGGAGCUGAAGGCUCGGCUGGCUCUGAAAGAGAAGCUCUUCCAGGAGCUGUUGUCAGAUCGCAGCCGCCAGUCUAAUGAACACCAAGCACAGAUCCACGAUCUGCUCAGUACUCUCAGCUCCAAAGAUCAGUAUCUGCAGGACUACUCCUACAGGCUUUCCUUAGUAAUUAAUGAGCGGACAGGACAGCUGCAGGAGCUCCGCAGACAGCUGUCACUGAAAGAGCAGGAACUGAGUGAACUGAGACGAGACAAAGAGAGGGAGACCGAAGGAGAGGCGGAAAAACUGCGAUGUCUGCUCAAAGAGAAGGAAGCGUUUAUCAAGGAGCUGAUGCAGGCCCAGGAAGAGGCCAUGCAGCCGCUCUCUAAGGAGUAUGAGGCAGAAAUGAAGACUCUGAAGGAGGAGAUGCAGCUGGUUCUGAAGAAGGAGAUAGAGGCUCAGAAAGAAAUCUCUGCUCUGCGUUUAUCUUUAACUCAGUCGGAGGGAGUUGCCAAAGAAGACAACACUGAUUACCAAUGUGUGCUGGAGCAGCUAGUGUCAGAGUACAACAAGCUGAAUGAGGCCCUGAGGGCAGAGAAGAGAUUAUACCAAAAUCUCACUCACAUUCACAAGAGUGACAGCAGCUCAGAGAAGACCCAGGCCCUCCACACUGAACUAGAUUCUGUUCAGGCACUCCGUGGGCAGCUGGAGGAGGUCCUGGCCAGGACCCGUAACAUGACCCUGGUGCUGGAAAGGGCAGCUAAAAGGCAGACUGACUUUGGAGAGCUCAGCACAGAGGAAGAAGAGGAGGAGGGAGACGAUGAAGAUGGCAGCAGUGACGAGUUCACAGACAGCAUAGAGGAGGAUGACGACAACGUGACGACCAGAAGCUUGACCACUGUUCAGGCACCUAUGAAGGCUCGUGGACUUAAUAGUGUUACCGGACAGCUGGGGAGGGGGUUCUUGUCCCAGAGAGCUGAUGUAAAGCAGCUUGAAGAAGCAAAGAAGAGACUUGAAGUCGAGCUUGAAGAAGUAAAGUCACAACUGGAGAGGGAUGGAUACACCUCUGUGGCUCAGAUGAGGAGCGCCCUGGAGAGGCUGCAGCAGGAGAACCAGACUUUAAAAGAACACCAGGAACGAGCUGGAGGGAAGAAUCACCGGAGUCUGAACCGAGAAGAGGAAGAAGAUGAAGAGGAGGAGGAGGAGGAAGAAGAAGAGGAUCAGGGUAUUGAGGAAGAAGAUGAGGAAGUGGAAACAACUCCGAUGCCGGUGGGGAAGCGAGGCGCUCCUAGUGUUACUCUGAGUGAGGAAUCUGGGAAGAGGCACUGCAUGAGGCCAAACACUCUGGAUCUGGGCACACGGAGCUCACACCAUCGCACACACCAGCUUCAGACGGAGGUGGGACCUUCCAGCAGUGAGGUGGGAGCGCUGUGGCAGGGUAUAGAGGAGGGUCUCCAUGAGCAGGCGACUCGUCUUCGCUCUGAUCUGGCUCUGAGCCACCAGGAGAACAGAGAGCUGCAGGAGAGACUGAUGGUGUCUGAGGCUACGGUGCACGCUCAGGCUGAACAGCUGAAGGACUACAGGGAUCUGCUCACGGAGACGUCUGUCCAGCAGGCCAAUAAGCAGGUGCAGGUGGAUCUGCAGGAUCUGGGUUAUGAGACUUGUGGCCGCAGUGAAAACGAAGCUGAGAGAGAAGACACCAGCAGCCCAGAGUUUGACGACUUGGAGAUGUGCACAUCACUGUCCCAUCAUCAGGACUGUGACGGUGGAGGUUGGUACGCUGGAAGCUGCAGAGGUGCUUAUGAAAUGGGCGAUGAGUCAGCGUCUCUCCAGCAUCUGGUCCAGGAUCUGCGCUCACAGCUGACCCGCUGCCACAAAGUGAUUCGUGGGCUGCAGCUACGUGUUCGAUCCUUGUCUGCCACCAGCGACUAUGCCUCCAGCCUGGAGCGGACACCGCGCAAAGUAAACUGGGCAUUUGAAAGAUCACCAGCCCCCAGCGGUGUGGAAGAGGAUGAAGGUUGGAUGUCUGACAACCAAGGGAUUCGCUCUGGGUCGAAGCCCAGCAGGGAGCUGAAAGAACUGAUGGAACGGGUUGCGUCACUGGAGGCUCAGUUGAAGAGCACCAGGCUGGAGGGUAAAGGCCAAGCCGAAGAGGGAAAAUGUGCCACCUGGCCCGGGAAGUACAACACUCUGAUCCAGGCACAAGCUCGUGAGCUUUCCCACCUGAGGCAGAGGAUGAGAGAAGGGCAAGGAGUCUGUCACAUCCUGACCCAACACCUGGGAGACACCACCAAGGCCUUCGAGGAGCUCCUGCGGGCCAACGACAUCGAUUACUACAUGGGUCAGAGCUUUAGGGAACAGCUGGCACAGAGCACUGCACUGGCACAAAGAGUGGUCACCAAGAUUAGUGGACGAGAACGUGCAGAGAGCCAUGAUGACAAGACAGGCCAUGAGCUGCUUGCCUUAAGGUUGAGUAAGGAGUUACAGCAGAAAGAUAAAAUCAUUGAGUCGCUCCACACUAAGCUGCAGCAGCGUCCUGAGACCCCGUCCAGCUGCCACGCUCUCUCUGAGACUACCGACCAUUCAGACAGGACCUCCCUGGUCUCUGACGAGUACCAGACCAAUGAGGACUUGGAGCUGUGCUCGGAUUUAGAUGCCAGGGAAUAUCAUGAGGAGCACCGGCUGCGGCAGACAGGACUUGGAUCAGAACCAGAUGGCUUUACAGUCCCCCAUGACAAGACACUGUUCACCGUCUCACCUGGUGCCCACAACCAGCAUGACCUCUCAAGCUACAGCCAGCUAUCCCAUCAUGCCUUUCAACAAUACCAGCUGGGUGGCAUCCCUGAAGGCCACUCGUUGAACUCUGACUCAGGUCUGAUGACAGGAGGGCCUUUGUGGGAUGUGGAGAACUUGGUUCAGCCAGCUGGAGGCUAUUCUGGAUCAUCGGGGCACCAACCAGGGAGCAGCCAAGCAGGGGUAAAUUUGAUAGAGGAGCACCUACGGGAGGUGAGGUGUCUCCGUCAGCGCCUGGAGGAGUCAAUUAGGACCAAUGAGAGACUCCGACAGCAGCUGGAAGAGAAACUGGCCACCACUGGGCGUGAUGGAGGAGCCCCAACAAACAUCUAUAUUCAGGGACUGGACACAGUCACUCAACUGUCCAAUGAGAUCAGAGUCCUGAAGGAGGAAAACCUGGGUCUGCAGUCACGGCUGCAAGCCAGCACAGUCUCUCCAUUUCCUUUAGACUCUAAUGAGGAAGUGGUGCAGCUGCGGGAGGCCGUCUUCACAGCCCGGGCCCGACUGAAGCAAUCAGAGCUGGAAGCUGAGCAGUGGAAGGAAGAGCUAAGACGUCUUCAGGCUCACAGUCAGGAACAAGGGCAGCAGAUUCACACACUGAGGCAGGAGAGACAGGCUGGUCAGGAGAAAACCAACAGGCUCCAGCACGAAGUUUCUCUGCUGCAGCAGCAGCUGUGUGAGAGCAGAGAACUCAUCCACUCUCUGCAGAGUGAACUGCAUGUUUAUGAUCGAGUGUGUUCCAGCACAAAGGCCAACAAAGGGUAUCUGUGUGAGGUCCCAGGUCUACCGGUGGAGCUGGGCGAGCUGCUGGGGGAGGUGAGGAGUCUGCGGGCCCAGCUGCAGAACAGCGUCCAGGAGAACAGCGCCCUCAAACAGCUGGAGCUCCAUAAACAGCUGGAACAGAAGCUGGGUGUCGGGUCGCCUCGGACUCCUUCUCUCUCCGCCCUCACUGCCAGUCCUCAGAGAGAAAACUUCUACAGGCGACAGCUGCUUCAUGACCCAGCUCCAUCUCCACCAGUCAGGGACAUUGGUCUGUUUAACUGUGGAUCUCCUGGUCCUCCAUACUCAGACCUGGAUGACAGCCAUAGCACUGCCAAUGACCCUCUUGAUCCGCACUCUGAACUCGAGGGAGAGGCUCCUGACGGAUCCUUUGCGAACCGUAAUGGUCGCCACGCCAUCGGUCAUGUGGAUGAUUUCAGUGCUUUGCAGCAGCAGGUUCUGGAAGGCCGGAGUCUCAUCCAGCGCAUGGAGGCAACCCUGCAGGCCUGCCUCGGCCCACCGCUGCUGGAGGACAGCCAGAGACAGAGCAGCGAGCUGGGUCUGGACUAUUCAUGUGUGAAGAGUCUUGUGUCCAACACCAAGACUCUGAGGCAGAUCCUGGAGGAGGCGAUGUCUCUGCUGAAGAUGUUCUGGAGAGCAGCUCUUCCGAACUCUGACCCCUCCAUCCAGAACCUUAAGAAGGAGCAGUGUAUGCAAGAGGAGAUCUUGUCCCUGAAGCUGCGAAUUUCUGAGCAGGAGGAGGUUCUUAAAGGGACGAUACAAAGACUGAGGAGCACCAGCCGCACCAAGGAGAGCAUGGAGCACUUCAUAGUCAACCAGCUGUCAAGGACUCGUGAUGUGCUGAAAAAAGCGAGGACAAAUUUAGAGAAGAAUGAGCUGAGACUUUCCUCUCUAAGCUCCUCCUCUUCCUCUCCUUAUGCUGCUGAGGAAUCCGGAGGUGCUGCAAGAGAGCGGCCUGCUGAUCACGGUUUCCUGAAGACCAGCGGUGCUUCUGGAGGCGCUGGAGCUGCAGCCAAUCAGCGUCCAGCAGCAAGGAAGCGCAGCAGCCAAUGCCUGCUUUAGACUUUUAAAAGAACCAGCCUCAACGCUACCACCUCUGACCUCUAUGCUGAAACAGCCAAGACUGACCCUCCUGCCCGUCCCUCACCAGCCUCCCCCUGUCCCAUCCAACGUCCCAAAGCUCCGCCUGUAACCCCGUUCCACCCUCCUCUCCUCCAGGCAACAUGUGCACAGUGUAAUCUGCACCUUGAGCCUUACCAACUCCCGACACUCUCUCCCCUGUUUCUGACUCUCUCUCCCCCACCGCCACACUUAUUAUUGUCUUUGAGUGACUGUCAGUAGGUUGCCUUGUCAUGUGUGUGACAGAAGAAGGUAUUUGAAAUGUGCCUCUGGUGGUUUCAGUGAUGAGCGUCCUACUGAUGGAACUGGUUGAAGAUGCCCUCAGAUGCAGAUCUAAAACUAGUAGGUUUGAAGUUUUUAUCACAGAAGGUUGUAUUUUUAGAAGUUUGGGCGAAAAAGUAACAUUGGAAACUUUAAAAAUUCAUCCAAAAGUUCUCGAAUGCAGCCUUCCAUCUGCAUCUAAGGGCAUCCUCUCCUGAGAACCAGACAGCCUGUGGACGGAGAAGAUGUUCAUGCAUGUUGAAAAUGGUAUGUGAAAGGAAUUCUGCACACAUGUACACACACAUACAUGUGUGUGAUUGAGCACAGCUCACUCAAAGACAGUCUCAACUCUGACUGCCACAGAAAUGCAAGUUUACUUUUCGUGGCCCUUUUAUUAACAAGGACAUCUUUUUGCAAACGCAAUGCAAAGAAACCGACACCUACCAACAAUUACACACAGUGGAGGAAUGUACAGUAGGUAGGUGAUCCCUGCUAAGUAGUCAUGCACUAGCUGUAUCUGUGUUUGUGGAGGGAGGCGUCUGGAUGAGCCAUUAGCCAAGCGUUAUUAAUAACAGAAAAAAAAAAAAAGCCAGAGGAAGGUUCCAUUAAUGUCUCAAAAAGUCCUCCUCUUUAAGGUCCCAAUGGAUGCUUUAUUGGCAUUAAACUGCAAACUUAAAUUAAUCCUCCUGUUGUCCUCAUUUACGAGCCCCAAAAAUAUUGUUCCCUUGUCUGAAAAAAAUCCAAAAAUUCAGCAAAAAAAUUCCCCAAAUUUCUGAAAAUUUGCAAAACCUUCAGGAAGAAAAUUCCAAAAAUUCCUGAAAAGUUUCCCUUAAAAGUUUCAUUUAAAAAAAAAAAAUCCUGCAAAUUGGCAAGACAAUUCUUGUAAAUAUUUCCAAAAGAUGAGUAAAAAUCUUGCAAAAAAAUCCUAAAAUAUCUAAAGUGAUUACAUAUAUUUCGGUAAAACUUCUAAUAUUUUCUUUAAGAACAUUGACAAAAAAAAUCAACCAAAAUCCAGCGAAUUUCGCUGGAUUUUGGUUGAUUUUUUUUGGUCAAUGUUCUUAAAAAUUGUUUUUUUAACAUUUCUUUUUUUCCAACAAACAUUCAAAAAUGUUGAAAAUGUGGCCAUCAGAAAUUUCACUGUGAAAAUAUAUUUUUUUUUCCACAUUUUCCAACUUUUAAAUCGCGUCAACUUGACCUGCAGGACAACACGAGGGUUAAAGACGUAGAAGCUGGGUCUAUCCGUGCGGUUGAUUUUGAUUCACAAGCUUUGUGUUCACGACAAUAUGUACAAAGAGGUUCAAGUACUCAAAUGGAACCAGACUAAACACGCGUACUCACUCCUCUGUAGGAGUUCUCAUACGAGCAUGUGCAAUAAUGAUGUUUCUUGAAUGCUGCACCGGGUUAUUAUUUCUUUGCGUGACACUGGAUUAUUAUUCACACUCAUACUAAUGUUAGGACACAGCCAGUGUUGCGGUUCUACUUUUUUUUCUUGAGUGUUGAUGCAUGACAGAGAUUGUAAAAUGGUAAAAAAAAUCGAAGCUAUGGAACAGAGGAGUGCCAAUACUUGCCAAAGUUUGAACUUUGAACUCUCUGACUUGCCUUAUCCAUGCGAAUGACAAAACCCCGGUCGGAUCAGACCGCAGGGUUGCCACGGUGUCUUUUUUUUAAAGGCCCUUCAGAACCACAGAGACGGUAACCGUUAGACAGCUGGUUCAGUUUAUUCAAAGUGCGACAGAAAUUAGCUCCUUUUUUUGGACCAAAACUCUGCAAAGUGGAUUUUUCCCACAGUGCCAUAUGCUAGUGUCUUUUUGUUAUUUCUCUUGGUUCAGGCCAUCUCAGCAUUCCCACGGCAAUGGCAAUAUGGAUUAUUAAAUCCGUACAGAUGAUACAAACUUUGGCAGGUUGCUGGUUGGGUUAUCGUUCCAUAAUUCACUCAUUUAGAGCAGACCGACCUUACGGUUAAUGUGUGUUUUCCAGCUGUACAUUUGCCAUUUCUUUGCUGUAAAUAACCUGCUUUUCUGUAUGAACUUCACUUGUGUGUGAGUGUCCAUGUGUGUGAAAACAUCCAACAUUUGCUUUUUGCAAAGUUGAUUAUCUGGGUAGCUGUGCAAUAGCUUGAUAUCUUUUAUUUUGAUGUUAAACAUCGUUGUAUUACGAGUCCAUUUGCUUCAUUCACGUCCUGCUGUGUAUGGUUCAUAUGCAGUGUAUGUUAGAGGAAUUAGUCACAUAGACUGUCUGAUAAGUAACCACAAACUAUGCCUUCAUCAUAUUUAAGACACUGAUCACAUCAUCCACCUAUAACAAAGCUCUGAUUAGUAUUUGCUUCGCUUGCCUUUAAAUUUAGCUGGAGAGCCUCUUCAGUCUGCUCUCAGUGGUAGAAAUGGCCUUGAACAAGCGUCUACCUGAGUUCUGCCAAAUGAGGUUUUGUUUGCGCUUGAGUCUUCAGAAAAAGGACAAAAGUUGCCAAGUAUUUCGAUGAGUAAAAAGUUAAAGGGAAAAUUUUUAAGGAAAUUGUGUACUAUAAAAAAAAGCCAAUGACUGGAAAGAUUGUGAAACGUUGACUUCACAGAGCACCUUGUUAGAGCGUAAACAAAGCCUUUUUGCUAUUUGUAUUUAAGAAGGGAAUCAAACGUCGGUUUGAACCAACGUGUUGUUGACUUGCAUAUGUAUAUAGUGCUAUCAGAUUGGUGCAGCUUUUCUUCUGAGUUUGUGCAUAAUGAACUAGAAAGCCGAUACAGGACUCGUAUGGAUCCUGUCUCUGAUGACAGCUAACCGUGUGUUGUGUUGGCAAAAGUAUUAUCGCUGAAGGAUUUUGAGAAUGAAUUAAUAAAACACUUCAAAUGA